AUGGAUAGCAUGAGUGAGGCAUUUGAUCAAAUGCAAAUGGUCAAGGAUGUUAUUGCCAACAGUGAUAAAGUUUCAGAGGUCCUACAAGAGUCUACUCAUCAGUUCAACCUGCUUACUUCACCCACCUUCCUACCAAAGGUCAAGGAUCAAGGGAAAUUCACUCUCCCUUGCACACUUGGGCAUCUUGAGAUUGACAAUGCCUUAGUGGAUUCUGGAGCAAGCAUCAAUCUGAUCUCUCUCUCCAUGGCAGAGAAGCUAGGCAUUGCUGGAGCCUUGCAGCGCCCUACUACUUCAAUCAUGUUUGGAGAUGCAACUUCUAAGUCUCCUCUUGGAGUGUUCAAGAACUAUCACUUGAAAAUUGGAGAAUGCAUCAUCCAAACUGAUCUCACUGUGAUGGAAAUGGAAGAAGAGAAGGAUUUGCCUUUGUUAUUGGGAACCCCUUUCCUUAGUACAGUUGGCGCUUCAAUAGACUUUCACAAGCAAGAAGUGAUCCUUCACAAGGUGAAUAGUUUGGUGUCAUAUCGCUUGCAGCCUAGAGGUUCAGACUUUUGUGCCACAAUUGACAGUACCACUCUCAGUUCUAAGAGUCAUGGAGCUACAAAGGUUGUGAAGGAAAGGGUUGACAAGGAACCAAGAGUUGGGAAGGAUAAGGAUGAGAGAGGACCAAGGAUUGAGAAGCCACGUCUUGAGAGGGCUAGAGUUGAGAAACCACGAUCUGAUAGGCCAAGAGCUGAGAGACUUGUUCAAGCCCCUUGUGUGCUUGAUGAAGAGAGCCUUCAAGCUUUGUUUGAUGAGCCACUAGGAAGGGCUCUAAAAGAAGGGGAGGAUGCAGCCUCUAAGGCAAGACCAGGGAUAAAAGAAAAGGAUCCACCAGCUCAGGCCCCUUCAGUCAAGCCAUCUCAGCUCACAAUGACUUUGUUCCCCACCAAGUUUGAAAAUGGGAAGAUUGAGUACAAGAUAAGGUACAAGGGGAGAUCAAGGCCAUUCUCUAGAGCCAAGGCCUUGGUGACUUCAGAACAGUCCAGGGACCCAACCAAGCUAAAGGAGCUUCUGUCUCAAGUCCUCACUAUCACCCUUGAUGGUGGGACUAGCUCAACCAAUGCCUAA